AUGGAUCCGUGGGCGUCUGUUCCCGUUUUCUACGGCACCCAGACGGGCAUUUCAGAGGAGUUUGCGCAACUGUUGCAGCAAGCGAGUGCCGACGUGCCCUUGGUCGCUACGAAUAUUUCGCUUCUAACACGCGAAUGGCUUGUGCAGACCCGUGUUGCGGUAUUCGUGUGCUCGUCGCACGGUGAUGGCGACCCGCCGGACAGUGCGACACAGUUUUUUGCGAUGCUGAAAAAUGAGCCUGCUGGAGGAGGAGAUGCGUCGAUAGGGAAAAAUGACGAUGUAGCGCAGCUGCCACUACGGAACCUGCGGUUCGCACUGCUCGGCUUGGGCGACUUAAAUUACAUCAACUAUCAGGGCUUCCCGAAAGCGCUGGAGAAGGAGCUUCUGAGACUGGGGGCGACCUUAUGGCACGUGCGAGGUGAGGCAGACAAUUCGGACGACAUCGACGAUGACUUCGAACAGUGGCGAGACAGCGGUUUCUGGACCUGUCUGGCGGAAGAGUGGAAGGCCUGUGCGGGCCAGCCCUACACAAUUGCCGAGGACGAGGUUGAGGACAAAGGAGGUGCGGCUGUCCUGGAGGAUCUUCAGGGUGGUGCGGCGCCCGCGCCUGUAGAGCAAGCAGUCGGAAAAAACGAAGAAGUGGCGGCACGCGAAGGAGAACGAGAAAAAGCGAAUGGCGACGUCUUGGGCAAGAAAGCCGCGCCCGAUGUUGCGGCUGCCGUGGCUAGCAAAAGCGUUGACUCUACCUCUGCUGUCAGUGCACAGUUAAAGCAGGAGCUGAAAGGCACACCCACCAAAUCUGCGGACAUGAGCGCGGACAGAAGAAGUAGAAGUGGAGAGCGUGUAUCCGCUUCUCGAAGUGGUAGCUUAUUUACGCCCCUACAGCCGCAGCCAUUUGGGCCGCUGCAACAUGUGCGGUCGCAGAUUACCAUGCUCUUGGAUUUUUUCAGUGACGCUGCCGAAGUGGAGUGCACUGCUGUGGAGCCCCUGCUCCCGAAAGCUGGAGAUGCUCGGCGAAUGGUUCAUGUAGAGUUCCUACCGUGCACGGGUGCUCAAGAUGCUAGCACUAAAGCAGCAAACCGCACCACUGUUUCACCUUUCCACGUGUCUGAUAAUGUUUCGCUCUUAGCUCCUUCAACGACGACAGCAUUGACUAGUGUCUUGUUUCCGGCUUCGUCCUCUUCUUCGGGGGAUCAUCGAGGAGAGGCAACAAAGACGCGGAACAAAGGUGUGCAGCAACCAGGAAAGUUCCUGAUGGGACUCAAUCUGGAUGAUGUAGUCGCGUCGCAAGGAGUCUUUCCAGGGAAGGGAACCGCCGCGGAGAAGGACGUGUGGCAUGGCCUGUGGCUUCUGUUGGGGGGAGAGACCGAGGCCGUUUCCGGGGCAAUUUUGCAGCGUGUAACGUCAUUAGCACAACAGGCACGGUUUUCCGGCUUGGACACAGUCGGUGGCUUUUUGCGGCACGUGUUUGCCUUGGAGAACGUGCUGUACCACAGUGGCGGGACGAAUGGUGCCAUUUCAUCUACAGGAGAACAGCAAUCCAGUAGAGAAGGCGCAGAUUCAACGAGCUCAAUAUCAAGUGCGAUCUUCGAGCACGUGAACAAGCCGCGACCGUAUACUCUCGUAGGGAAAACGGGUGUUUGUGUGACGCAUCAAGUGCGGGGACAGGCGUCGACCUUCUUGUGUCGCGAUUGCGCAGUGGGAGACCGACUCUUGGUCAAGGCAGUGACUUCGCCGCUGCGGCUUCUGGAUCUCCAGGCAAAGCUUGCGUCUUCGGCAGUGUUUCCGCGUCGUCCUUUGGUUCUCAUAGCCACGGGAGCCGGGAUGGGCGUGUUUGUCGGGUGGCUGCGCCAGUUUGCCUCGUCUCCAGAACGACAGGUGUCUGAUGUAACUCUGUUUUCUGGGUGUCGCUCCUGGACGGAAGUACCUUAUUGCGGUUUUUUACGGCGGUUUUCGGAUCCAGCUAGAAGGACUGUCAAUGGCGACCCCUUCAGUGAGACGAAUGGAGUAUCACUCACAGGAAGGAAGGGCGAAGAAAAAACAAAAGCAGAAGGCGGAAGGAAAAAAGUAGCAUCUUCAGAGCCGGACGUGCAAACUACUCCACGAGACAGCAGUGGUUGUUGCCUUCCCAUUGUCUUCCCUUCUUCUAAAGGUUGUGCCAAUGCUGAGGAUAUUAGUCCAGGCUCGGUAGGUCGACCCCUGGUCGCAGCAUUUCCUCCUCGUGUGGGACCGAAGGACAACACGGCUGCGGGAGCGCAGCAGGACAUGCUUUUUCUAGGACCUCCGGGUGAAGAUCAAACUUUCAGCUCAUCGACGAGAACGCCGAACGACGAUUUUCGCUUUGAAUGGCAUCUUGCUUUAUCGCGCGAAGGGGGGAAGAAAAAAUACUAUGUGCAGGAUGCUUUGCGGGCAAAAGAGAACUACCUGAGACAAAAGGUGGACACAGAAGGGGGCAUCGUCUACUUUUGUGGGGAGGGGAAAAUGAUCAAAGAUUGCAUUCUCUACCUUCGCAGCAUCCUUUCCCCAAAGGCUUUUGAAGAAAAGAGAAUAGUUGCGGAGCAGUGGGGAACCACAAGGCGCAACAGUCGUGGCGCCACUUCAUAGAAAUACGUACCGUUAGUGUAAGGGGCAUGUCACAAGCACAUGUGAGUGGUUACACCACAUUCAAUACAGCGUCAAUCUUCCUCAUCACAUCGCACAUAAAACGUGUAAAAAUGAAAUGUAUCUCUUGGUGAUUUUUUGACACGACUAGCACAACGAUUGCUGUGUCCGCUCUUUCCCUCAUUGCCAAAUC